GACGAUAGUAUUAAACCGGUAUUCGGUUAACGAUAUGAAAGAACCGGUCUCUCUUCCUCUCUCCCUCCAAAGAACUAGAAGCUUCUUUUCUUCUCCUGCUUCUCAGCUUCAGUCUUCUAGGUUAAUCGAAUCUUCGAGUGUUUGCUUUCUAUCUUUCUGCUGCGAAUCAAUGGCGUUAUGGAUGGACGCUGGAGCGACGCCUACAACAGAGAACGAAAAGGCUGAUCUUGAAGCUAUUUCUGCUCUCAAAGAAUCCGCCGCCAUCGAAUUCAAAGAACAGGGCAAUGAAUGUGUGAGGAAAGGGAAAAAGCAUUACUCCGAGGCGAUUGAUUGUUACACGAAAGCCAUUAAUCAGGGAGUUCUAAGUGACUCAGAGACCUCAAUUUUGUUCUCGAAUCGAUCUCAUGUUAAUCUACUCUUAGGCAACUAUCGGCGUGCCCUCACUGAUGCUGAGGAAUCAAUGAGGUUAUGUCCUCAUAACGUUAAGGCGGUGUAUCGAGCUGCAAAGGCAUCAAUGUCAUUGGAUUUGCUGAACGAAGCAAAGUCUUAUUGUGAAAAGGGAAUUGAGAAUGAUCCGAGUAAUGAGGACAUGAAGAAGCUUUUGAAACUGGUGAAUUCAAAGAAGCAAGAGAAAGAACAACAUGAGGCUCAAGUUUCAAGGGCUGUGGUUGAAGCCAAGGCUUGUCUCUCUGCUAUCGAGAACAGAGGAGUGAAGAUUGGCAAAGCAAUGUACCGAGAACUCACGGGUUUGAAGAAGCCGAUGUUAGAUAAAAACAACAUUCUUCAUUGGCCUGUCUUGCUUCUUUACGCUGAGGCCAUGACAAGUGACUUCGUCGAGGACUUUUGUGAAACAGACAUGUUUGCAACUCAUCUUGAUAUGAUAUCCUUUUUCCAGUUUCCAUUUCAAUCUCUUUUCUUAUUCUUGCAUCUCAUUUGGAUAACCUUUAUAGAUUACCUCUGUUCGAUGCAUUUUAUGUCCUUCCUUAGCGCUCUAAACAUGUUUUCAGAGGACAGCCCGCCGCUGCCAUGGGAUAAAAACAACGAAUACUCGCGGGAUGUUAUUGAGCUUUACUACGAGGCGAGUUCAGGAACUCCAUUGCCUAGGAGUAGAGUUCUCCAGUAUCUUCUAGAAGGUACAAAAGGUUCUCAAGCUGAAACUACCGGUGAAGAGGACACGAGUGUAACCAAAACACCCUCCUACAUGAAAGGUUCUUCGGGUAUGGUUAAAGUGAACGAGAGAAGAACAUUGCAUGACGUGUUGAAAGAACCUAAGUUUGUCAUCCCUGAGAUUCCAGUCUUCUACAUCGUAUCAAAGAGGUCUAAAUUCUACAAGGACUUUAUCGCUGGAAAAUGGAGUCCACCAAAUUAGAGAAUUGAGUUCUAAAGGGAAUGGUUGAUGAUCCUUUUUUGUUGAUUGGCAUAAGCUAUUGUAUCUGUUUUAAGAAACAACCGAGUAUAAG